AUGACACGGAGCAAUGUGAAGAUGCUCCUAAGGCAUUUUCAAGUUGAUACUCUUCCUCGGAUUCAAAGGAUGCAACAAAAAGAGCAAGUUUUCCAAAGGCAUCUUUUAAGGGUAAUGAGAAUAGUGGAGGCUCUGGAGGGUAAAGGUUACCGGUUACCACUAAUGAAAGGAGAAGCUAAAUUGGAGGAGAAAUUGGCUGCAAUAACUCGACAGUUAAAAGGACCUGGAGCGGAACUUUCUCGAAGGGUCCAAAAUCUGCUCGCUAUUUCUCAAGUUCAAGGAAAUGGCCUUAAUGGUGGCUCUCUUUAUCUUCCAGGAGCAACUAACAUCCACGAACAAAGUCUUGCUGACAUGCAAGUGGUAUUGUUUCGCGUGGAAAUCGAGCAUCUCUAA